GGGCCAAUUCAUGGGCAGGGCUCUAAUAUAAGCCCAUUCCAAACGACCAAGCCCAUCUUGAGGGAAAAAAAAAAUAUUGACCCUAAUUUCGAGACGGGCGAGGUCGACUAACUCUCGUCGACUCCAUUACACAUGUCAGUCUUCGAAACAUCCGCUGGUCGUCGGAACCCCGCUUCGGAUUCGCCGGAAUCUGGAAGCGUCUCAGACGUCCCGCCGGAUCCCCUGCUCAAGUCCGGCACCUUCAUUGACGCCACCGUCGCGAUUGGCGGAACCCUGGUCGGAGCUCCAGGAGUCCCAGGGGAGUCGGACCCACCCCAUUUGCGCCGUUCUUCCCAUAACGGCACGGCGGCUACUGUCUCCGGGAGUUCGAAUUGUACAGACGUGGCGAGGACGCCGUCGCCGGUGCGUAUGACGGAGCCCACCGAGUCUCCGAUGGAGCCCCAGAGCCGAUCCAAGAGGAAGAGAGGGUCGGAUCAAGCGACGGCCGCAACGUCGUCGGAAACUCCAAGCUGGUUGCCACCAGGUUGGACUGUGGAGGAUAGAGUUCGGAGCUCCGGUGCUACUGCUGGAUUAGUAGAUAAGUAUUACGUUGAUCCAGUUUCAGGGUAUCGGUUCCGGUCCAAGAAAGAAGUGUUUUACUUUCUGGAAAAUGGAACCAAACGCAAAAAGAAAUUAAAGGAGGGUCCUGAUGUUGAUACUCCCUCUCAGGAUACCCCAAGUACCCAUAAAAAGAAGGGAUCUGGUUCAAAGGGGAAGAAGCGCAAGGUGGCUCUCAACUUUGAUUUUGCGAAUGUGCCAGCAAAGGUGAGAUGGGUGCUGGGAGAUGCUUCUGAGGGGUCAUGGACUCCCUUCAUUGGUGAUGCUGAUGAGAGGGUGCCUGAAUCCAGUAAGCUUGAGUGGGCUGCUGCAUUCGAAUCUGUCGCAUCUAAAGGACGCAGUGAUGGCUCCAUGUUCUGAAGGAAUUUUCAUCUUACCCCAGUUGUCAUUUAUAGGCAAGACCUAGAACUGAUCAAUAGCAGCUCUGUUUUCCUUCUUUUCUACUUUACAUGUCCUUAAGGUUGAUGUCGAAUCAUUUUUGUUAUGUUUUUAAUCAGCAUCCUUUUUUAUUAUUCUGUGCCCCUGUUUGGUGGGUGAGAGGGAGGGAGAGAGAGAGAACAUUGGUCAAAGGAUUGGCUUGAAUCACUGCAAACAUUAUCUGAUUAUGUGUUA